GAGAGAGAGAGAGAGCGAGAGAGAGAGAGAGAGAGAGAGAGAGAGAGAGAGAGAGAGAGAGAGAGAGAGAGAGAGAGAGAGAGAGAGCGAGGGGGGCACAGUGAGGUGAGGGAAAAGAGAAAGUAAUGUUAGAAGCGAUGGCAGACGGAGCUGGCUGCUUCUAGACAUUUCUGCUUUUCUUACGAGCUUUGGAAGGGACAACUACCUGUGGAGAUCAUGGGAAGCGAGAUCAUGGGAAUCCUGGAGCGCCGCAACGACUCGUCCAACGGGACGGGCCAGGAGGGCGGCUACACCGAGGUUCAGAUGGUCCUGCUGGGCAUCUUCAUGUCCCUGCUGGUCCUGGGCAUCGUCUUCGGCAACAUCCUGGUGAUCACGGCCAUCGCCCGCUUCCAGCGCCUGCAGAACGUCACCAACUGCUUCAUCACGUCGCUGGCGUGCGCCGACCUCAUCAUGGGCCUCGUCGUGGUGCCGUUCGGCGCCUGCUACAUCAUCUUCAACACGUGGCACUUUGGCAGCUUCUGGUGCGAGUUCUGGACGGCCACAGACGUGCUCUGCGUGACCGCCAGCAUCGAGACUCUGUGCGUCAUAGCACUCGACCGCUACUUGGCCAUCACCUCCCCCUUCCGCUACCAGUCCAUGCUGACCAAGUGCAAGGCCCGUAUCGUGGUGCUGCUCGUGUGGGUGAUAGCCGCCCUCAUCUCCUAUCUGCCCAUCCACAUGAAGUGGUGGGUGGAGAACAGCGACGUGGCCCGGGACUGCAUGAACAAGAGCAGCUGCUGCGACUUUAACACCAACACGGGCUACGCCAUCACCUCGUCCAUUGUCUCCUUCUACAUCCCCCUCUUCAUCAUGCUUUUCGUGUACAGCCGCGUCUUCCAGGAGGCCAAGCGGCAACUGAGGAAGAUCGACCAGAGCAUGGGGCGCUUCCAGAACAUGAGGAACAGCGACGCCGCCUCGCUGGAGAUCAACGUGGGCCGUGGCGGCAAGAAGACCAAGUUCUGCCUGAGGGACCAUAAGGCUUUGAAGACCCUGGGCAUCAUCAUGGGGAUCUUCACGCUGAGCUGGCUGCCCUUCUUCCUCCUCAACGUGGUGGGGGCCAUCUGGAAGGUGGACAACAUCGACCAAACGUUCAAGGUGCUCAACUGGAUCGGCUACGCGAACUCGGCGUUCAACCCGCUCAUAUAUUGCCGCAGCCCCGAGUUCCGGUACGCCUUCCAGGAGCUCCUCUGCAUGAAGAGCCGUUUCGCCCAACUGUCGAACAAAGGUGGAUAUAUCUACACCGGACACAGCUGGCAGAGUGAGCAGCCCCCCCGGAACAAGGGUAGCUCGGAGGAGAACAGCGAUCCCGGGGACAGGAGCUCUGAGAAGGCAGAGGGGGUCUGCGAUGACCCUGGGAAAGGGACGGACCCCAACGGGAAUUGUGAGACAAACUCCCCCUCUGUCUUUUAACCCCCCGUGAUCUCAUGAGGACCUCACACGGAAGUUUACACUUUAGCCAUAUUUUAUUAUUUUUUCUUUUGAAUUGUCUGAUGAAGGUAAGACCGGUCACCUUGGUUGACAGUGUUAUCCCCUGGAGACUGGUCCAAGGAAAUGGUUGCUUGAGAUAUUUCCAGACGUAUGGGUGGAGUGUCAUUGGUUUAGGACACCAACGAAUACAAUUGAGAUAGCUGGGACAGGGUUUUUUGAAAAACAAUGUUGAUUUUCCAUCUACCUCACUUUUCCUUUCUUUUCUCUUGCAUUCUUUUGUUGCACAACCAUACUUUACAUGGUCUCUAGCAUAGUGUUAGAGUAGCACAGUGCCUUGGCAGUUUAUUGACAUUAAGUUGUUUUAUGCAUUCUAUAAAUCCUGAAAAAGCUGGCUCAAUUGGGAUCUGUAGACAUUCCUUUUAUCUCCCUUGGUGUUCGUGGCCAAACACAUGUUAGAGGUGCAGUUUGUAGGAUUUAGUGGCAUCUAGCAGAAAGGAUUUUGGCAACAAUGGAAUAUAAUGUUCAAAAGUAAGAUUUAAUAAGUGUAGAAUCCAAUAAAAUUAAGAAUUGUGUAUUCAUUACCUUAAAAGUAGCCCUUUUUAUCUACAUUGGGAGCAAUAUUUCCUGCGUGGCAAUCUGCAACCUCACUGCUAGAAGUCCCUAAUUCCUAUACACUGUACCUUUAACGUGUGAACCUUUUCCUUUCUAAGAGCAACAAAUACUAUCAUGAAUCAAUCGAUAAUAAUGCAUUAUUUAAAAUAUCAGCAUUGUUGAAUGCUCCUCACAGUUGGGCCUGGUAUCAUGAGGAGGACAUUGAGUUAGCCAUUUAGCAUUAGCACCACAUUGUGGAGUAAUUCCGUGCAAGGUCUCACUGACGUUUCUGUUUUUUUCUUUUACUUGUAGAUAUACAUUCCACAACUUAUUUCAAUUCAACAAUUUCCUCAUACAUGAAGAGCAAUGUCUGGCCGAGAGCCAGACAUUGCUCUUUUUCAAAAGCCCCCCCCCCCCCCACACACACACUUAUUACAAGCAUGCAUGCCCACAGACACACACACACUCACAUUCACAAAUGGAAAAGGCCUCAGAAAUGCCUGCAAUGAGUGCUGGCUGCGUAUGCUAAUGUUUAACAGCAUGUUGCAGAAGGGAGGUUUCUGAGACCAACAGAUAGCACUGAAGAUUGGGGCAUUCUCCAAAGCCUUAUCAGUGUCUGCAUGCUAAACACACACACACACGCGCACACACACACACUGAGCAUGAGCAACAAGUAUGCCAUCCGCACCACUUUUUAACAGGAGUUUUAAUAAAAUAAUCAUAAUGAUCAUCAUGAA